GCUGAUAGGACUUCUGGAAAUCACAACUCUACAAUUCUUUUCUUAUUUUCUACACCCACAUUCAAUCUCUCAGAUAUCACUCAUCUUUCACAAUUUUCAAUCAAGAAUCCAAUCCUUUUGCCCUCUUCUUGAAUUCCAAGACUUGUUUCCCCAGUUCUUGAUUCUGGGUGUUUCAAAAAUCAUUAAAGUUUUAGAUUUUCGAUUAAAAAUCUGAUUCUUUAGUCCUUUUGGUUCAAUUCUUGAUCUGGGGUUUUCUUGAGGUGCAAAGUAUGGGAGGCUGUUUCAGUAAGAAAGAGUAUCAAGCAGAUGGUAAUGGGUAUAGAUCAGCUCCCACUGCUUACCAUACUGUUACUGACCAAAGCUAUGAAAAGUCAUCCCAAAGGUCUCAGCCUCAGGCUCAGCCACAGCCUCAGGUUCAGCAAACAGGGCCUUCACUUAAGCCCAGGCAAGUUCAUAGACCUGAGUCAAACACUAUUUUAGGCAAGCCAUUUGAAGAUAUUAGGGGUAAGUAUACUCUUGGGAAAGAAUUGGGCAGGGGUCAAUUUGGUUGUGUAUAUCAAUGUACUGAGAAUUCAAGUGGUCAAUUAUAUGCUUGUAAGUCUAUUUUAAAGAGAAAGCUUGUUAGUAAGAAUGAUAAGGAGGAUAUAAAGAGGGAGAUUCAGAUUUUGCAGCAUUUGAGUGGGCAACCAAAUAUUGUGGAGUUUAAAGGUGUUUUUGAGGAUAGGCAAUCUGUGCACCUUGUGAUGGAACUUUGUGCUGGUGGGGAGUUGUUUGACAGGAUUAUAGCUCAAGGUCAUUAUUCGGAGAGAGCGGCUGCUACGAUUUGUAGGCAGAUUGUGAAUGUUGUCCAUGUUUGUCAUUUUAUGGGGGUGAUGCAUAGGGAUCUUAAGCCUGAAAAUUUCUUGCUUUCGAGUAAGGAUAAAGAUGCAAUGCUGAAGGCGACUGAUUUCGGGUUAUCUGUCUUCAUUGAAGAAGGAAAGGUAUAUCGUAAUAUAGUUGGUAGUGCUUACUAUGUUGCUCCUGAAGUACUACGACGUAGUUAUGGAAAGGAGAUUGAUAUCUGGAGCGCUGGAGUUAUUUUGUAUAUUCUACUUAGCGGGGUACCUCCAUUUUGGGCAGAGAAUGAAAAAGGAAUAUUUGAUGCAAUACUGGAAGGAGUGAUUGACUUUGAAAGUGAACCAUGGCCAUCAGUCUCAAACAGUGCAAAAGACCUUGUUAGAAAGAUGCUGACACAGGAUCCAAGGAGAAGGAUUACUUCUGCACAAGUUCUUGAUCAUCCCUGGAUGAGAGAAGGCGGAGAAGCAUCAGACAAGCCAAUAGAUAGUGCAGUCCUCUCUAGAAUGAAGCAGUUCAGAGCAAUGAACAAGCUCAAACAACUUGCACUUAAGGUCAUCGCUGAAAGUCUAUCCGAGGAAGAAAUUAAAGGUCUUAAAUCCAUGUUUGCAAACAUGGACACGGACAAAAGUGGUACAAUCACUUAUGAAGAAUUGAAAUCAGGUUUGGCACGGCUAGGCUCAAAGCUAUCAGAACUGGAGGUCCAACAAUUGAUGGAUGCUGCUGAUGUAGAUGGAAAUGGUACAAUUGACUACCUUGAAUUUAUUACUGCUACUAUGCAUAGGCACAAGCUUGAAAGUUAUGAGCAUCUAUAUAAAGCAUUUCAGUAUUUUGACAAGGAUAAUAGCGGCUUCAUUACUAAAGAUGAACUGGAAUCUGCAAUGAAAGAGUAUGGAAUGGGUGACGAAGCCACUAUUAAGGACAUAAUCUCUGAAGUAGAUUCAGAUAAUGAUGGAAGGAUUAAUUACGAUGAGUUCUGUGCGAUGAUGAGAAGUGGCACACAACAGAAAGGGAAGCUUUUUUAGUGUCUCGCUAACCUCUUAGCUGCAAAAACCCUCUACUCGUUCUCACCAAGUCAGAGUUUCAGUGAACAGAAGAAUGAAAAGCAAUUUCAGGGAUAGGUACAAGGUUCUCAGCUGUCUAUAUCGAAUUCAGUAUUAAGGGAUGGAUAAUUAGAGUUAAUGAGGUUUUUUUGGUUCGGUUUGGUUCGAGUUAUAAUAUGCUGGUUUACAUAUAAUUUCAUGAGCAAAUUUCAUUUUGCAGUGUACUGUAUAUUUUCUUCUUCCCUUCUUUUCACCGAAUAUUGUUGAUUAAGAGGUUUGUGUAUGAGAUGUUAAAACUGUUUUUGAGGUCGACAAAUAAAUAAAACAGUAUGAGGUAAGCUUACUGUAUGAAGAAA